CUAACUAAAUAACCACACCAAAAUAUACAGACACACAUUUAUUAUAAAAUCAAACAGUAGUUACUAGCACAUUUUUCUUUUUUGCCAUUUUUUGAGGUCUCCAUUUGUUUGCUUUUGAGUUCUAGUUUCACAACAUGUCUGCUAAAACAAGAAUUUCUUGUCUAAGCUACAUUAAUAAAAUUCUUCUUGUUCUUCUCCUAUCAAGAACAGCACAUUCAGUUGAAGUAUCACAGAGCUGUAAUUUAUUUCAAGGAAGUUGGGUUUUUGAUGAUUCUUAUCCACUUUAUGAUUCUUUACAGUGUCCUUUUAUAGACCAAGGUCUCAAUUGCCUCAAAAAUGGAAGAACAGAUAAAUUUUAUCUCAAAUAUAGAUGGCAGCCAACUGAUUGUGACAUGUCCAGGUUCGACGGUGAAGAUCUCCUGAAAAACUUCAGGGGCAAAAACUUCAUGUUUGUGGGGGAUUCCUUGAGCAGUAACCAGUGGCAAUCACUAGCAUGCAUGCUUCAUGCUGCAGUUCCGAAUUCUAAUUACACAUUUGACCAAACAAGAAACCGUUCCGUUCUCUCAUUCCCGGAGUUUGAGUUCACAGUCACAUUCUUGAAAAACGGAUUUCUCGUUGACCUCGUGGUUGAGGAAGCAGGACGAGUUCUCAAGCUCGACUCUCUCAGCAGGACUGAACAGUGGAAAGGAGUUGAUUUCUUAAUCUUCAACAGCUACCAUUGGUGGAUACACACUGGACGUCUACAAACAUGGGAUUAUUUUCAAGUUGGUGACAAACUCUAUAAGGAUUUGGACCAUAUGGAAGCAUACAAAAUUGCUUUGACUACUUGGGCCAAUUGGAUUGAUUCCAACAUUGAUCCUGCUGUGACUAAAGUGUUCUUCCAAGGAAUUUCUGCUGUUCAUUAUCAUGGCAACGAUUGGAAUGAACCAAUGGUACAAGACUGCACUGGACAAACAAAGCCAAUAGAGGGAUCAACUUAUCCAGGUGACAGAUAUCCAGGAGAGGCAGUCGUAAAAAGUGUUCUCAGUAACAUGACAAAGCCUGUCACUUUACUUGAUAUUGCACUGCUUACACAACUACGAAAAGACGGGCACCCUUCGAGAAUUGCCAGUGGCGCAACCGAUUGCAGCCACUGGUGUGUAGCUGGUGUUCCAGAUGCUUGGAAUGAGCUAUUGUACUCAAUCUUGCUCCAGAAGUGAUUUUUGAAAGAUAUUGUCUUUCUUCUUUAAUCACAAAUCUCAAUCUCAUAUAUAAAUGAAAUAUGAUCGCUAGGUGG